CACAGUCCGGGCACGAUGGCGUUGUCGAGGAUCUUUUCUUCACAACUUUCUUUGGUCUCCAAGGGCCUGCUCUGGAAAUGUAUCGACAAUCCAUGUGUCUUGUCAGUAGCAGGGAAACAGACUAUAGCCCAGGAGCUUGGUCUGCCAGAGCCCCCCAAACGACCCGUGACUCCAUACAUACGCUUUGUGAAUGCUAAUCGCCAGGAGAUCAAGAAAAAAUUUCCUCAACUCACUGCACCUCAGUUGACGGCAAAAUUAGCAUCUGUGUGGAAUGAACUCGGUUUGCCAGAAAAGAGCAAAUGGUCUCUACUUUACACUAAAGACAAAGAAACUUAUGAUGAAAAAUACAAGGAGUACAUGAAGAAGCUUACACCACAACAGAUUGAAAGCAUGAAAGAUCUGAAACGAAAAAGAUCUCAAGACAAGUUGAAACGCCAGAUCAGGAGGGACAAGAAGAAAGAAACGGAAGAACUGGGAAAACCGAAGCACCCGGGUAAUGCCUUCACUUUGUACCUCCUCUCCUUAGACAGAGGGGACGCUCCUCUCAAGGAAUUCCUUGCUGGUGCUGCAAGCAGAUGGCGUCGUUUGCCAGAGGAGGAACAAGAGGUAUUCCGCGAGAGGGCAAAAAAACAUAGGGAACAAUAUGAACAAGAACUUAGACACUGGGAAGCCAAAAUGAUCAAAAGUGGAAGGGCAGAUUUAGUGCGUCGACACCAGCAGCUGGAAGAUCUGAAGCACACUGCCACUCACCGUCGGCACAUUCGAGAAUAGGGAUUCGCAUCAGGUGAUGCUAAGGGAGAGUC